GUUGACUUAAUAUCAGCAUACUUAGCUUAGAACGUCAAAUUGUUUAUUAUUACAAUAAUAUGGCUUUAAUAUAUUACGACAAAACUAUUCGAACUUCUUAUGAACUUAUAUUAAAUGGCUUAAAAGAGUCAUCAAGAGCUACAUCUAUUCAUGAAUUGGUAAAUUAUGUUACUGUUAAAACAGACUUUCCAGGUAGCGUAUGCUAUCAAGUAAUCAGAAAAGCCUUAGAUAAAGGCUUGGCUUGCAAAACUAUAAGACAACUUGGUGAUCUCUAUAUGGCCAUUCCCUCGAAUAUGGAAAUCACGUCGAGCAUGUUAAAACACUUGAAUCGCUAAAAGAGAAAC